AUGGAUGUUCUCUAUUCAUUAAUAGGAGUUGAAGGACUUGACCUUCUAGCACAAGAUGAAAUUUUUACAAACACUCUCAAUUUUGCUUUGACCAAUAAUGAUGAUAAUUAUUCAAUUGAUGAAUCAAUGCUAAACCGAUUUUGUAACGAUAUAUUACCUCGAAUUCAAUACACUGUUAAAUGUCUUGUUUUGGAAACAACAACAAAUAUGGAUCGUAUUUUACGUGCUGGUGUUUAUCCAAAUCUUACUCAACUCAAAAUAUUCAAAUUUCAUGCAAAUGUUUUUUCACAUUUUUGUACAGAUGAAUUACUUUUCCGACACAACUUCAAAAAACAAAUUACAGAUCUUACAGUAGUCAAUGAUUCCCGUCGUGAAGUAGGAACUAUAGAUCAGACGACAAAUGUAUAUAUAAAAUUGCUUGAUUUCUUUGAAAAUCUUAACUAUUUCAGUUGUAUUGGAACAUUUAUUAAUGGAAAUCCAGUUUUAUCAUUUAUUGAUUUACCAUCAACUACUUUUGUUUCUUUAAAUCUAACUAAAUUAUGUAUUACAGUGGAUAAUUUUGGAGAUUGUCUUUGUUUACUUGAUGGUCGUCUCAAUCAAUUAUCUACAUUUAUUAUUAUUAUCGUUAAUGUCAAAGAUAAUUCAUCGAUGGAAUUCAACUCAGUAAGUUAGAAGAUUCAAUAUUGUUUGUUUUGUGAGUGAUUGACUUUUAUAAUCUAAACAUCCAUGUUUUGUCAAUAGAAUAAAGUUGACAAGCGUGACCUAAUAUUCAUCACAACUAUAUUAAUAGCAAACUGUGAAACGCUUUGCACUAAUAAUGCUGCUUUUAGCUUAAGGUUCUCAAUUUUCUUCUUUCAUUAUCAUGUAAGAACUUCCGAGUGUUAUAUUCUCUAGCAUAAUAAAAAAAAGCUUGUUAGCGCAGCCCCUUUGGGGCUGAAAUGUGGAACUUACGUAUGCUCUUCAGCUUCAUUAUACUAAUAUCAAAUAUACAAACUAUAAAAUCAAAAAUUUCUAAGUUUUUUAAUUUUGUGACAGGCGCCCUUAUUUUUCGUUUUCAUUGUUGCUAUUCGUUCAAUAUUAUUCAUUCUUCGCAAUUUUUUUGUCUUAAUUUUUAUAUUUUUUUUUUCAUUAUAAUGAUUGAAUUAAUUGGCAAACACGUCUGUUGUACAUAUCGACUAUAUCUACAGCAGAUCUAAUGCACUAUUAUAUAUAUGAAUCAACUCACAAAUAAUGAUGUUGAUUAUCUUUCAAAACUAUAACUUGAUAGAUUUGGCAAAAAACUAUAGAAAGUCUGACGCCUGUUAUUCUUGAUUGGUAAGGUCUGUAAUGGGGAUGUCUGUAAUGGAGGUGUCUGUAAUGGGGGCCUGUCUGUAAUGUUCUCUUCUCCGUUGCGAAGUGUCUGUAAUGGGGAGGGGGGGGGGGGGGGGGGGACGCCCUAACUUAGACUUAAAAUCAACACCCACCUUGU